AUGAAGAAGCCCUUUGGCCUCAGCAGCAAGAUGGGCAAGUGGUGCUGCCACUGCUUCCCCUGCUGCGGGGGCAGUGGCAAGAACAACGUAGGCUCUCUGGGAGACCACAACGACAUCGCCUUUUUGGAGCCAAGAUACCACGUCCAUCAAGAAGAUCUGGUCCCCAGAGCGGAUCUUAUCGUCGGGCUCAGGGGCCCUGGCGUGAACAAGAGGGACAAGAAGAAGAGAAUUUGCCAGUUAUUUUCUGACUAUAAAGAAAAACAGAUGCCAAAAAACUGUUCUGAAAACAGCAAUCCAGAACAAGACUUAAAGCUGACAUCAGAGGAAGAGCCACAAAGGCUUAAAGGAAGUGAAAAUAGCCAGCAUGAGAAAAUGUCUCAAGAACCAGACAUAAAUAAGGAUUGUGAUAGAGAGGUUGAAGAAGAAAUGCAGAGGCACAGAAGUAAUAACGUGGGAAUAUCAGAAAACCUGACUGAUGGUGCCACUGCUGGCAAUGGUGAUGAUGGAUUAAUUCCACAAAGAAAGAGCAGAAAACCUGAAAAUCAGCAAUCAGAGAAUGAAGAAUAUCAUAGGCCUGAAAAGAAAUUUAAUGAAAAGAACAAGGUCAAAAGUGAAAUACAUUCAGUGGAUGACCUUGAUGACAUAAUGUGGCCAUCUGAGAUAGCCUCAGAGGAUUAUGAUUUGCCUUACCCUAAUUAUGAGACUUUUAUGUUGCUCACUGAACAACUCAAAAUGGAUUUUAACGAUUCUGCUAGCCUAUCAAAAAUCCAGGCUGCAGUUCUUUCAGAUGAACACUUACUAGAACUUAAAAAUAAUCACUGUGAACAACUUACAGUAGAAAUUGAACAAAUGGAAAAUAUGAUUCAUGUACUACAAAAGAAGCUGUCUGAAACAAAAGAAACACAAUUAUAGUUAGAGCAUGAAAAAGAUGAAUGGGAGCAAGAACUCUCCACUCUGAGGCCACACGUGCCAGCAGCUGCACAGUUACUUCUCUGUUUAGCCAGUGUGGAGCCUAGGACAUCAGAAGUGCAGAUAAAGUCUGACUCUUUGAAGCAUAGCCAGGGGGCAUGGCUAAUUCCACAUGUCCGCAGGCCUUUCCUAGUGGCUCCAAAACAGAAGUCUGAAAUGGGUCUCACUUGGCUAAAAUCAAGGUUUCGGCAGGAUGGCAUUUCUUCUGGACACUCGGGAGAAUCUGUUUCUCUACCUUUUUGAACUCCUAGAGGCCACCUGUAUUCCUUGGCUCUUGACCUCACUCUUCAGUCUUCAAAAGAAGCAACAUCAAGUAGUCUUCCUCAUGCUGCCAUCUCUGUUUCUCCAUCUUCUGUCUUCCUCUUCCACCUUGAAGAGGUUGGUGAUUGCACUGGACUCAUCUUGAUAAUCUAGGAUUCUGUUUCUAUUUUAAGGCUCAUAGGCAGAAGGGACUUGCCUUGUCUCAGAUAAGACUUUGGACUGUGGACUUUUGAGAAGUGCCUUUUGCUUCCUGCCAUGAUUCUGAGGCCUUUCCAGCAAUGUGGAACUGGAUCAGGAGGAGGUCGAGCAGAAAGAGAGGAAGCACAAGAAAACGACAGAGGCUCUAGUAGCCGCUUUGCAGGCUUGCAAAGUUCAGGAUCCCCAAGGACGUAGUUUCACUCUUGUUGCCCAGGCUGGAGUGCAAUGGUGUGAUCUCGGUUCACCGCAACUUCUGCCUCCCAGGUUCAAGCGAUUCUUCUUCAGCCUCCUGAGUAGCUGGGAUUACAGGCAUGUGCCACCAUGCCUGGCUAAUUUUGUAUUUUUAGUAGAGAUGGGGUUUCUCCAUGUUGGUCAAGCUGGCCUUUAACUCCCAGCUCCAAACUCCGGAGAUUUGGAAUUGGUGAAGGCUCUCCCUUCUCUCUCUUUGUCCCUGAGCCCAAGCUGGGAAGGGCCCCACACUGUUCUUCUUUCAGCCCCCUCAGUGGUAAAAGUUACAGGUAUCAACUCCUGGAGUCAAAGCCUGGAAAGCUGUGGGAGCAACCCCUGACAGCCCAGAGGAACAUCCUGAAUAUCAAUAUGAAGAAAUAAGAUAUCUGAAGCUACAAAUCAUAAAAGAUAAGUGAGAGCUACUCAUCUUACUCAGUCCCACCUUUACCUCAGCAAAUACUUUGUCAUUUCUAUUUUUCUCUUUAGAUUUGCCACCAGAUAUUAGAACUUCUUUUUAAUGCAUUUUUGCAGAAAGAUUUUAGUUAUCCUUGGGAUUACAUUUAUAACUUCAUAGACCCCCAAAGAGAAAUUCUAUGUCUUGGCAAGUAAAACUUUUUGAUGGAAAUUAUCUACUACACCACCCUUGCAGAAUUAUAUACUCACUCUACUAUUUGCAGAAGGAUUAUAUAUUGUUGCACCCCCAGAGUGGAAUAUUGGAUAAAGAGCCUCAACUACUAUAAUAUUUUGUGGAAUUAUUAUCCUUAGAGCAGGGAUAAUAGUUACUGACAGGAAGUAAACAUGAAAAUUUUACUAUCACUAAGUUUGCUAGGACUUCUUAUUGGGUUUGGUAAUAUGUCACACCCUAGCUAUUCAAUUAAGGUCAUAAAGGAAGGAUAUUUUGGCUGGGUGCAGUGGCUCACGCCUGUAAUUUCAGCACUUUGGGAGGCCAAGGUGGCUGGAUCACGAGGUCAGGAGUUCAAGACCAGCCUGGCCAAGAUGGUCCUGAGAUAGCUGGGAUUACAGGCAUGUGCCACCGUGCCCGGCUAAUUUUGUAUUUUUAGUAGAGACAGGGUUUCUCCAUGUUGGUCAAACUGGCCUCAAACUCCUGACCUCAGGUGAUCCAUUCACCUUGGCCUUCCAAAGUGCCGGGCAAGAUGGUGAAACCCUGUCUCUUUAUGAAAAAUACAAAAAUUUUUCAUAAAUUUCUGGGUGUGGUGGUCGGCACCUGUAAUCCCAGCUACUCGAGAGGCUGAGGCAGAGAAUUGCUUGAACCUGAGAGACUGAGUUUGCAGUUACCCGAGAUUGCACCACUGCACCCCAGCCUGGGUGAUAGAGCGAGACUCCAUCUCAAAAAAAAAAAAAAAGAUUUUAUAUAAGAAAGGAUCUUGGAUGGUAAAUUCUUGUCCUAAAAGGAAAUAACUGGUUGUUUAAAAAAGGGGUGUUUAGGACUAGUCAGAAAGUUUAAGCAUGUCAUAAAUGGUCUGUGGAAAUUGUGAAAGGAUCGAUAAUUGCUGGAAAAAUUUAGCCAAGGUUAACACUAAAGUUACUUUAGCCACCCAAAUUUAAUGCCAUUUAUCCUAAAAAGAACGUUACUCUUUUUUUUUUUGAGAUGGAGUCUCACUCUGUUGCUCAGGCUAGAGUGCAAUGGCUCAAUCUUGGCUCACUCCCCGAUUCAAGCAAUUCUCCUGCCUCAGCCUCCUGAGUAGCUGAGAUUACAGGCACCCACCAUCAUGCUUGGCUAAUUUUUGUAUUUUUGUAGAAACGGGGUUUCACCAUGUUGGCCAGGCUGGUCUUGAACUCCUGACCUCAGGUGGUCUGCCUGCCUUGGCCUCCCAAAGUGCUGGGAUUGCAGGCAUGACCCACUGUGUCUGGCUAAAGAAUGUUAUUUUUAUCUUAAUGUUUCUGGUAAAGUACAGCAACAUUUGGUGGAGGCAAACAAGUAUUACAAUCCAUUAGAAUAGCGAACAGGUAUCAAACUCUACUGUCAUGGUUAUGGCCUAUAGUACCCCCACUAAUAAUGGUAAUCUUAAUACUUAUAUUCAAACCCUAUAUUCUAAACCUUUUUGUAAAAUUUAUCUCUUUUCAUCUAGAAGCAAACUCCAAAUGGUGCUGCAGACAGAACCACCUACGGACACGCCUUUCUUCUGAGGACCUGUAGAUCGACCCCAGGAGGAGCCCUAAGUGCUGUUCCCAACACGACACUUCUUUUCAGCAGGAAGUAGCCAGAAAGAGUCAUUGUUUAACACCCCCUAAUGGCAGUUAGGGAUACCACUCUUGAGGAAUGUGUCACUAGUAGACACAGUUAUAAAGACUUGCUAAAGGAAUUUUUUAAUAGACAAUCCCCAUUUGAGUUUUAUAUGUCAUACUUGAUACUUGAAACAAAAAUUAUAACAGCACUUGAUAUUCAAAGCAAUUAUAUUUAAAACUGUAAAAAAUAAAAGGACUUAAAUGGGAGUAAUAUUUCCAUACUUC